UAUCAUGCUAUUAUUUAUUUUAAUAAUUUUUAUCUUGGUUCUUAAAACCAACGAAUUAAAAUAUACUUAAGCAAUAAACUUAACUGUAUUUUAUUUUUAUUAACCGUUGUAGACUAAUCUUUUGCACGAUUGUUCUAUAACUAUAAUAUAACCAAAGUAUAACUGUACUCAAAUAUCGUUGUUCUAGACGUAAUUCGUGUUUGUAAAAUUAUAUAAAUUAUUGUAUCAGGCGUGUGGGUGAUGUGCAAAAUGGAAACAAUGACAAUGACAUGUACCGACGUGACACAUGACAGCCAUUUAUUGAAGCAACCGACUAAAGUGAUGUUGACUCUAAGUAACGUACUUUUGCCUAAGGAAAAGCUCACAUCCACACCGUCUAUGAUCGACGGGUUAGAUUUUGAAACCGAAGUCGACCUAAGGAUCGUCGGUUGUGAGUGGAUUCAGACUGCUGGUAUGCUGCUCAAACUUCCUCAGGUUGCAAUGGCAACUGGACAAGUGUUGUUUCAACGAUUUUACUAUACUAAAUCUUUUGUUCGCUACCCAAUGGAAAUAACUGCAAUGGCAUGCACAUGUUUAGCCUCUAAAGUUGAGGAAUCACCACGACGUAUUCGUGAUGUUAUUAAUGUUUAUCAUCAUAUCCGUCAAGUAUUAAAUCAAAAAUUAAUUACACCGUUGGUACUUGAUCAAAAUUAUGUUCAGAAAAAGACGCAGGUAAUAAAAGCGGAACGACGUGUGCUCAAGGAGCUUGGCUUUUGUGUACAUGUUAAGCACCCACAUAAACUCAUUGUAAUGUACCUACAGGCACUUGGCUUUGAAAAACACCAAUCAAUAAUGCAGAUGUCCUGGAACUAUAUGAAUGAUUCAUUACAAACUGAUGUAUUUGUUCAAUUCGAUCCAGAAACUAUUGCUUGUGCUUGCAUAUAUCUAUCGGCUAGGAAAUUAAAAAUACCUUUGCCAAAAAGUCCAGCAUGGUAUUCUUUAUUUAAUUCAAAUGAAAUAGACAUCCAGGACAUCUGUCGUAAAAUACUCAAACUUUAUCUUAGGCCAAAAAUUAUCACAGAAGAUUUAGAAAAGCGUGUAGAAGAAUCAAAGAAAGUAUAUGAUCAUGCUAAGGAGCAAGCUAAAGAAGCUAUUGCUUAUUCAGUAGUACAAACAGAAGUAAUAACAUUUAAUCCCAGUAAUGGAAUAACUACUGCAAUCCCGGAAAAUAUUAGUUCAACCACCCCAAAUAAAAAACCAAUAAAAAAAAGAAGUAGAACGCCUUUGAAAAUUAAGUCUAGAAGUAAAAGUCCAAGACAUUUAAAGAAAUCAAAAAAAAGAAAAUUAGUACCUACUUACAGAGACUACAAAGACUACAAAGAUUACAAAAAUUAUAGAGACAAUGAAAAUUACAAAUCUAAACCUAGGAACUACAACUAUCGUAAAAAAUAUUAACAAUUGUAUACUUAUAAUAUACCCUUAAAGUAUGUUAAAUUUCAAACCAAAUACAUUUUUUUCAAAUCUA